CAAAAAAUCGUGGGAACCGCUGGAGAUGGACCAGCCGUUUCUGUACUCGCGAUAUAGCGACUUGCAGCGUGCCGAUAACCUGUUCGUGCUCGAGGAGUACUUGCGGCUGUUAAGAUGGGACUCCUCGCCAGGGGUUGGUCGUGGUGGUCCAUACGCGGUGCUGGACAUCGGUGUUGGAGAUGGACGUUUCGCCGUAGAGGUCCUGGUGCCCAGGCUACCCGGGAAGUGCGAAAGAUUCGUGGGGGUUGAUAGUUCAGAGGUUAUGGUCAAGUUUGCUAAUCAGCAUUACAAGUCCCGCCAUAUGGAGUUCGUGCAGUUGGAUAUCGCGUCCGACACUGUGGACCCAUCAUUAGAACGCAGUUUCGAUCAUGUGUUUUCGUUCUACACCUUACAUUGGGUUAGGAGACAAAGACAAGCUUUCCAGAACAUUUACAAGCUUUUAAAACCAGGAGGUGAUGCUUUACUUGCAUUUCUGGCAACCAAUCCUAUCUACGACAUACAUCAAAUAAUGGCGAGCAAUGAAAAAUGGAAGCAUUAUAUGAAAACCGAUUACAUAGCGCCCUACCAUAAGAAGAAGCAUCCUGAAAAGCAACUCGAGAGGAUCUUGAAGCAAGUUGGUUUUACGAAGUACAUGUGCAGACUUGAAAAUAGAUCACAUCAGUUUCAUGGAGUUGAUGUACUAAGAAAAUCCAUCAAGGCUGUGAACCCUAUCGUUUCAAAUCUUUCUGAACCUGAAGCCAAAGAAUACAUGGAUGAUUUCAUGAAGGAGAUAGUGGAACUGCCUACGGUUAAAAUAGAAAAAAUUAACAACAACCCAGAAACUAUAACUAUAAAUUACAAGCUAUUUAUAGUCUAUGCCUUGAGGCCAGAUGAAGAAUGAGGUAUUGAAGUUCGUGGAUUGGGUGUUUGUUAUAACUAUCGACUGAAUUUAGGUACAAAUAUUGUUAUUUCAAUUUAUAAUAUUAAAUGCUAAGUAUAUUUUAUAAAAGCUAUGUAGACAUGCAACUGUGAAAGACUGCAAUUGAUUCCUAGAAUAUUUAGAUGUUUAGAAGCUAAGCUAAUAGGGAGUGAUUAAACACUAUAAAAUUAUAUAGAUUAUUCUAAAGAAUACAAAAUAUCAUAUAAUCAGAUUUAUCAACUGGAUGAAAAGCAUGUUCACGCAUACGCAAAGAAAUGGUAAAGAAAUCGAUAGGGUAUUUUAAAUUGUACCUUCAAUUACAAAUUUGGAAAAUAAGUACAAAAUGUUAGUGAUUUUAUAAUAAUGGAAAAUGUGAUAACCCUAUUUUAGAAUAUAUGUUUAUAUCUGAUUAUGAAAUAUAAGUUUAUAGAGUA